GUAUUUUCUUUGGAACCAAACCUAAAUUAUCAAUGUGUUUGGUACUGUUAUAUCGAAGGUAUGCAUGGUAUAAUGAUUGGUAAAAUUGUAUUUGUAGGAUGGUUAUCAAGGGACAAAGUGGUAGCAGCAGCAAACCUAGGGAAAAACGCGUGGAAGUUGCUCGGAAUAGUAAGCUAAAGGGCAAAGACCCUGUCGUCGAUGAAGAAAUGGAAGAAGAUGAGGAAGGGCGAUCGCUGUCUGGGGAUGACAGUGAAGAAUCUGUUUUUGACGGGGAUGCAUAUGAAGAUGUUGAAGAUGAUGAAUAUGAGGAUGAGAUAUAUGAGGACGAAGAAUUCGAGGAUGAAUUAUGCCAGAGAACAGUGAAACGUGCGCCAAAGAAAAGGCAAUCUGCUAAAAGCAGGAGGGUUAUUUCAUACGAUGAAGUAGAGGAGGAAGAAGAUAUAGAAGACGAAGACGGUGAAUAUAUGGAUGGUGGGUAUGAAGAUGAAGGAGAGGAUGUUGUUGUUCGCGUUCAGAAAAGAGGUAAGAGUUGGAAGGAGGUCGGGCAGAAUGCUUUGAAGAAGAAGGCACAUCUGCAGAUGAUGCGGAAGAGGCGUAGAGAGGAUUAUGAUGAUGUUGACGAGGGAAGGAGACCUGUGAAGAAGACGAUACUUCCUGCGAUGAAGCAGAUGGGUAGGAAGUUUGAUGAAACAGGGGUAGCAAAAGGAAAGCCCCCUGCAAAACAGAAGGCAAUCAGAGGGAAUAACAGGAGGAUGUUUGUGCGGGUACCGAUUCCCAAACAUCCUAUGUCUAGGGGUGAGUAUGCGAAGUUUCACAGCGUGGUAGUUGCUACUCAGCGGGCUAAUUGUGGCCGGAAGCAACCAAGCGUUAUCUGUCGCACGGAUGCAUUUUCUAAGAUUAUUGCUGCUUUUGAUGAGUCAAGGAGAAGUUGCGUUAGGAAAAUGGGUUUCGGGGGGAUGUUGGAUUUGAAAAUAUCCAAGCUACCUAGGCAGCUGUGCUACUGGCUGAUGUCCCGGUUGGAUGGGGGUAACAGUUACCUUGUUGGAGGGGACGGCCAUGUGUUGCCGAUAACUGCUUCCCAUUGGGAAUAUGUAUUCGGAUUCCAGAACAACGGUCUUCCGGUGCCAGUGAAGGAGUCUGAUCUUCCUCCAGGCACCCUUAAAGCGAUGGCCCUCAAGUAUGGUGAAAAGAAUACAUCAACCUCAAAGAGCACAAUAAUCAUAGCAAAAUCUGUAAAGGAAUUGGCAGGGCCGGUUGACGGUGAAGGAAAGAUAAAGCCCCUGGCUAAUCAGCGUGAUAGGGCCUCGUUCAUGGAAAAUUUCAUGAUUGUGUUGCUGGGGCAGAUUUUAUGUCCUUCUACCGAUGGGGGUAACAUGUCUUUAAAAUUGCUAGGUGCAGUUUCCGUGGCAAAGAAUGCAUCACUGUACAAUUGGUGUGAGUUUUGUCACACAUGGCUUUUAGACUACGGAGACGCCUGUCAGCGGAAGAUAGACCAUCAGGGGUAUGUCGCUGGGACUGGUGGUUGUGUGUUGUUUUUGCUGUAUCCUGUCUUAUAUUACAGUGCCUUACCUGAAAGUGGAUUUGUUUUACAGAUUUUCUACCUAGACCAUUUAUGCAGGCUCAAAGUCUGGACACAGGAGGAAGUGGAUGAGGCCAAGAAUCGGGAUAGGAAAGCGAGUGAAGAUUAUGGAAGGAUUACGACUGUUGAUGUUGUGUACGGGGAUCCUCAUCCCCUUUACGGCAGGGAGGGUAGACGGUCUCCCGUAGUAGAGGUUGCUGAGAUGGUAGCACAGAUGACUUCUUCAGAAUGGAGACGCACCCUAGCUCAGGAGGUCACAGAGAUGGUAUGGGAAGUUAAACGCUUUCCUCAAUUUUAUGUUGAUUGGGAUAAUUUUCAAAUAUUGAGUGUUAGUGAUAAACAGGUUAUGGGGCAGCUUGCUCCAUUAUUGCAAGAUCGCCGGGGCGUAUCCCGUGAAAGAGGAAUGAGGUCAUAUCAUGCUACCGAUCAUUUGACGAUAGAUGUUGAUGGUGUGGCUAUGCCGUUGGACAAGUCUGUCAAUAAGGUGCUUACAGAGUUGGAUGCCGAUGACGAUUCCGAUGUGGAGUUGCAACCGUCUGAUGGGGGACGUGUAUUUGUGGGCCCUCAUGGGAGUGUGCCAGUUAUGAAUCCCCUAGACCCGGUCAGCCACGGUGAUGUACCUUUGGUCCACACUGCUGUCAGCCACGGUGAUGUACCUUUGGUCCACACUGCUGAUGAUUUUGGUGUAGUAGCAACUGACCCAGAAACAAGCAAGCACCCGGUCGACCAGACACAUCAGCACGGACAAGUUCAAGCUGGUGACGGGCCACCUUCAGAUGGAAUGUCAUCGGAGAAGGUGGGACAGCUGGGUGUAGUUGAAGACAAAGAGGAUGAUGAAGACAAUGGUGAGGAGAAUGUUGAGGAGCCGGAAGAGCAGGAUGGUGGCGUCAAGGAUGGGGGGCCGAACAAUAGGGAUGAUGACGAUGAUGAGGGACCGGCUAAUGGUCCUGUGCAAGGAACGGGAAGACCACUGAUGAGAAUCUCCAAACUGAUGACCAAAAACGACCACGGGAGAAAUUGA